AUGCUACCGCCGUUUCGUAUAAAGGGCAUCGUUGGACACCCCUUACACCGGCGACGUCGUUCUAGAAACGAUGAUGGCCUCGAGUCUGAUAGUGCUUCGAUCCUAAGUCCGGAUAACCAACACAGGGCGGAGUUCGAAGUCCAAGGCGAUGGAGUAGUCCAGGUCACCGCAAAAGAGUAUGACCGAACCAUAGAGGAAAUUCCGGAAGCCAGACUCCAAUACCAGGAUGAGGAUGAUGGUGAAACUGUUAUUGUCGGCUCAUCAUUAGAACUUUCGCAGCUUAUUGGUGAACUUCUACCAAAUAGCUAUCGCCUGCCUUUGAGCACACUCAACGCUGAAAAUGAUCCUGUUAUGCAUACAUUUGAGAUCCAACAGACUCUGCCAGUGGUAGACGUUUGGCGAAACUUUCGUUUGAGAACUGUGACCAACAGUAUCUCGGGGCAACCGUCCUGUCAGCUAAUACCCCCAAGCACUGGUUCUCGCUCAAAUGCGAGUUACCGCCUGAAGACUGCCCCCCUAGACCCCCGAUCCACUACAAACAAACCAUCUGUUGUUAAAGCAGAUACCCAGAAUGAGAGCGCCCCUUCAGGACAGCAUGAAAGCUUUUUAGGUGCAGUAGCGAAUAUGGGAAGUAAUAAACAGUAUCCUCCUAUGAAGGACACGUCAUCCGGUAUAUGGAAUGGCCCAAACCAUGAUACAGAGCUUGAACCAUUUGGUGAAGGUGCCUCGACGGAAAGUAAGUUUAUCACUGAAGAGGGGAAGAAGCAGGCGUAUGCUGCUGGGAAACGUAUGCGCGAAAUUUAUAAGGCAUACUGGCGUGGCUCGUACCGUCCAGAACUAGAAGAAGGCCAUACGACUGGUACUUCUGGAGAUUUCUGGAGCACCUACAAACCAACUCAUCAAUUUUCUGGACCUUCCCCUAGCAGAAGAGAAAGGGAGCCUGAUAGCCCAGAAUCCCCUAUUGAACCAUCCCCCAAACGACUCUUAUCGGAGUUUGAAGCAGAGCUAUCCCGGCUCAUGGCACAAAACUCAGGAUUGGAGUCACAUCCUAAGCAUGUUGAUGAGCCAGCAGCAGCAGCAGCUAAGGAAUCCACUUCCGACUCAGCCUCUACAGCCGUGCAAGGGCCGGAAAUAGGGCCGUCGGAGAACACCAAUGCUCAGCCGACUUCACGCCAGGCUACAGAGGCCUCGGAAGCGAUAUCUCAUAUUGUUACAGUCUUUGGAAAGUCUUUCCAAUCCCUCCUAUCUCGAGUAGCCAUCCUUACAGCCGAAUUAGCAGACAGGUUGCCUGAGGUUGAGCAGAGAGUUACAGACUUGCAUCAUCAGAUCCCCGAUCAGAUGCAAGCAACCAUCCACGAAUCCCUCCAGGUCAUGGGGGGUCAUAUUCAAACUUUAGCAGGAGCUAUGCAACAGGCCGCUACAUCGGCAAGGUCAUCCUCCAUUGCAACCAGCGAAGCAGAGAAAGUGGUUACUGCUCAGCUGAAUAAAUUGCGGAUUCUUGCAUCCGAUAUACGAGAUAUCGGCGGCUCACUCAUUGCAGGUGUUGAGAAAAGUCUCAAGCCACAGGAUAACAGUGCUAACAAAGGCACGACGGACGCAUCAUCAGCUCCUGAAGCAGUUAACCCUGCAACAAAAGACAUCUUUAUUGGUAACCUGCCUCCAGACGCCACGGAGAAUUCAGUCAUUUCUGUGCUUGCAAGCCAGGGGUUCGUUGGGACUGUGACGUUUCCCAGAGAUAGUCUAACAGGCGAGCAUGCUGGCUUCUGUUAUGUUCAUUUCCCUUCUACCUACGCUGCAGGUGCAGCACUGCAAGCGCUCCGAGGAAACCUCAUUGGUGAUUAUACCAUUAACGUUGAACCCGCAAAUGAGCAUUCAUUCCCAGGGUCAAACGAUGCUGCCGAGUCGUCUGGCACCGGUAUCCAACACCCUACCCCCGAACUUCCACCCUUGACAACUAAUACCAGGAGGCCCGGUUAUCCAUCGUUCGUUCCAGUGAGUGAGCUAGAUAAUGACACUAGCAAUAUCGUACCUUCGGAGCAAAAUUUGCCAACGUCAUCCCUAUGUGAGCAAGCCACUAUCCCAAUUCCUGAGGUGCACGGCAAUACUCAAACACAACCGAACACUGCAUUACUUGAUAAAUCCGAGUCAAACCUUGCCGAACGAUAUCCCCCACUCUUUGCAUCUCAAAGUACCGACAAUCUCAGCACAAGGCCAACACCACCCGAUACAUACCAUGGGACCAGUCUCCUUUCUGAACCUAACGACAAUGACUGCGGACUGAGUCGGUACCCUUCGAUGCAACAGCUCGAACAGCAGCAUCUUUUUAUGCGCGGCCCUUGGCCAACCCCAGAUUGGCCAGCCCCCAGGCCUCGCACUACCUAUGAAAAUAACAUUAACCUUGCUAGAACUGGAGAACAAUUAGCACCCCCAGUUCCUAGUCGAAUCCCAGGAUCAUGGCCAUGGGACCAGGAUAGCCAGAGCAGCAUACCUUCAAGGCCCAAUGCUCAUGAAAGUCGAAGCGAACAGGGCACCUCUCGUGACCCAAACCACAUUAAUCCCCCGGUACUAUCGGAUCUUUCUAGCCCAUUCAAUCCACAGCCCCACCGCGCAUCCCCAUUUUCCGCGUCAAACGUACCUGGGCUGCGUCGAAGUGCAACGGAACGUGUGCGGAGACCGCGCCCAAGCCUUUUUGGAAAUAACCCCCACCCACAAAGACCGCUUAGCAGCCAUGAAUUAGCAGAGAUUAGCGCUGCUUGUGAAAACCCUUCGGACCUUCCUGGAACUUUCCCCCGCGAAGCUCCGACGGCAGCUGUAAUGGAAGCAUCAUCAAACGAUCCAGCAGAACUCUGUCUAUCACAAUUGAGAGCCCUGGGUUUCGGCGAUGAUAGAUCUCAAGAUGCUAAUAGGCUCCGUAUAUUCGCCGAGGCUGCUAACGGAGACCUGGCAGACGCAAUUGAGAUGAUCGAGGAAGAGAGAAAGGCUUAUGAGCAGCGUCAUGUGCAGUUUUGA